AGGAGGAUGACAAAACACUUCCAUAGAACUGCCAGUGAACCUUCACUUCACAACUAACCUGAACAUCUGCUUUUACUGAGUGCAGAGUGCUGAGUUAGGAGGAGAGUCAACACAACACUGCGCACUCCGAAUGAAGACGAGAGGAUUUCUUGCACGUACACAAACUUUUGAGCCGUGCUUCAGCGUGUGCUGGUGAGGUCGUCUAGAAUGGAAGAUUCUCUGGGGAUAUCAUCCACAAUGAAAAAUGAUUCUCUGAAUCAAACCAACUGCACCGAAUUCAAAUACCUAGCAUAUACUAUUACCUAUACCAUAAUGGUUCCAGUUGGAUUUUUCAGUAAUUUGACUGCUCUGUUUGUGUUCCUGAGGCAGACAACUAAGAAAACAGCCAACACUGUGUUCAUGACCAACCUGGCUAUUUCUGAUGUUGGCUUCUCCUUAACAUUGCCCUUUCGCCUGAUUUACUACUUUAGGGAAUGUCACUGGGACUUUUGGGACUGGCUGUGUCGCUGGUGUGUGUACUCUUUCUAUAUGAACCUCUAUACCAGCGUGCUGUUUCUCACGGGUCUAAGUGUGCUGCGCUAUCUUGCUGUGGUGCACCCCAUUCGAAAUAAGACCCUGGUGACUAUGCGGCGGGCCAAUUUGGCGUGUUUUUGCAUCUGGGUCUUCGUAGCGAUCAUGUCCAUUCCUUUCCUGAUGACAGGAACUACAGAGAAUAACGGGAAAAAAAGCUGUUUUGAAAUUAAAAACACGACCGGCUGGAAACGAGUACAACAACUCAAUUAUGUGGGACUGAUCUUUGGCUUCCUGAUCCCAUUUAUCAUCAUCCUGGGCUGCUAUGGGUGCAUCAUCCAAAGAUUAUUUGCUAAUCAGAAGUUACAGAAUCGAAGGCAGAUCCAGCGCCGGCGCUCUGUGUACCUAAUCGUUGUGAUCCUCAGCACCUUCCUGCUGUGCUUUGCACCGUACCAUAUAGUCCGCACGCUUCAUCUGCGGGCCGCAGUAUCCGAGAACAAAGAGCAGGAGACAUACCUGCUCAAGAUUUUGGUCAUCACUCUGUGUAUGGCUGCAUCGAACAGCUGUCUGAACCCCCUACUAUACUAUUUCGCUGGAGAGAGCUUCCGAACAUCCUUCAGCAGGGCCUCACGGCGCAUGACAAUCAGCUCUUUAAAUGAUAGUAUACGCCUGUCACGAUAUUCAUGGACCCAGAGGAACCGAUCAGGAAGCCAGAGGAAGAAAAGUCAAUCCAUAGAUAGUGUCCUGAGACCAGAGAAAAAGCUGGACUUAGGUAAUGAGUAAAGAGAAAUAGAAAUCCAUCCAUCUUCUAUACCGCUUUAUCCUUCCUUCAGGGUCACGGGGAACCUGGAGCCUAUCCCAGAGAGCAUCGGGCACAAGGCGGGGUACACCCUGGACAGGGUGCCGAUCCAUCGCAGGCCACAAUCACAUACACACUCACACACCCAUUCAUACAAUACGGACACUUUGGACAUGCCAAUCAGCCUACCAUGCAUGUCUUUGGACUGGGGGAUCAAACCGGAGUACCCGGAGGAAACCCCCGCAGCACGGGGAUAACAUGCAAACUCCGCACACACAGGGCCACGGUGGGAAUCCAACCCCCGACCCUGGAGGUGUGAGGCGAAUAUGCUAACCACUAACCCACCGUGCACCCAUCCUUUGGCUACUUUAGAGAUCGACACUGCAUUUUUGACUGACUUAUUCUUCUUAUUACCACCUUUCAGUCACAUAAUAGAAAAUAUUUGUCAAAAACAGUGGCAUCAAAGAUGCUGAACAUGCCAGAGGAACCGCCAGUAAGUGACAGUAUAGAUUAAUUUUCCGGUUCUAGGCAACUUCUACAUAAAAUUGUAAAGCAGAUAAAAUGAUAUUACAGGCCUGUCUUACUAAGCAGUAAUAUUACCACUCUAUUUGUUUGUUUGAAAUCGAUAGUUUUCCAUCUCUAUAUUAACAUUCAUGUACCACAGUUAUUUAUGUAUUUAUUUAUUGUUACUUUUGGAUCUGGCUAAAGGUUUUCUAAUGUAGGUCAUAUGCUUAAUUAUAUGUGAAAAUUCAUGUCACAGUUUUACAAUGAGAAUGGUGUAGAAAGUUUUAAAGGGUUUAAGGUAUGCGUCACAAUCAUGUACCAGUCUAGUCUUGAUCUGUUUAUUCUCGGGACCAGCCUGAAAAUCCAGAUUUGACCUUAUACUGAGACACUGUAACACUAUAAAUGCACAAAGGUAAUUCAGCUAAUUAUGUGACUUGUUAUAGCAACUGGUUGCUAAUUUAGGGCACUCAUAGCAACAGCAGUGAAUAAUGACUUUUACCCCCCC